AUUUUUGCUUUGUUGUUCAAUUUGUCUCUUUGCCAUGAUCGACAUUUCAAACUUACACGUAAAGUCUUCCUUUUUUAACCUACAAAACACACUCUGCACCACUAGAAUCAAGAAACCACAAGUAUUUUCUUCAAAAUCGAUAAAAAUGGCUUCUUUACUAUUCCCAACGCCACCAACAACCACCACCAACACUCGCUUACUUCCUUCACUUCCUCUUCGCCACACAAAACCCAUAAUUCUCCGUUCCCACUCAUCAUCACCACCCUCAUCUCGCCGGAAAAAUCUCCUCCCUCCACUCCGAGUAGCUGCCCCACCUUCCCCCUCCACCACCGACACUUCCAUUGAUCCAGAAUUCGAAGAAUCCGAAACCAGUUUUUCGUCGAAAUUCUCAUGGAGAGAUCACUGGUACCCUAUAUCCCUAAUCGAAGACCUCGAUCCAAACCUCGCAACCCCUUUCACUCUCCUCAAUCGUGACCUCGUUAUCUGGUUCGACAAAACUAACAACCAAUGGGUUGCUUUUGACGACAAAUGCCCUCAUCGCCUUGCUCCUUUAUCGGAAGGAAGGAUUGAUGAAAACGGACACCUACAGUGUUCUUACCAUGGAUGGUCCUUCGAUGGAUCCGGAUCCUGUUCUCGGAUCCCUCAGGCAUCAUCAGAAGGACCCGAAGCUCGAGCUGUUCAAUCACCAAGAGCAUGUGCUACCAGGUUUCCAACAAUGGUGUCUCAAGGUUUGCUCUUUGUAUGGCCUGAUGAAAAUGGUUUAGAACGAGCCCGUGCCACUCAGCCUCCUAUGUUGCCUGAUGACUUUGAAAACCCUGAAUUUUCAACAGUCACAAUUCAACGUGAUCUGUUCUAUGGAUACGAUACUCUCAUGGAGAAUGUUUCUGAUCCCUCACACAUUGAUUUUGCUCAUCAUAAGGUUACAGGGAGGAGGGAUAGAGCUAAACCACUACCAUUUAAAAUGGAUUCCACUGGUCAUUGGGGGUUUUCUGGUGAAAACGAAGGGAACCCAAAAAUCAGUGCUAAGUUUAUCGCGCCUUGCUAUUAUAUAAACAAGAUAGAGAUUGACACAAAACUCCCUAUUGUGGGUGAUCAAAAGUGGGUAAUUUGGAUUUGUUCCUUCAAUGUCCCAAUGGCACCUGGAAAGACUCGUUCCAUUGUUUGCAGUGCUAGAAAUUUCUUUCAGUUUACAAUGCCCGGGCCCGCAUGGUGGCAGGUUGUUCCAAGGUGGCAUGAACAUUGGACAUCAAACAAAGUAUACGAUGGUGAUAUGAUUGUUCUUCGAGGUCAAGAAAAAGUCUUUUUAUCACAAUCAAUGGAAGAUGUCAACAAAAACUACACAAAACUCACAUUUACCCCAACACAAGCUGAUCGAUUUGUAUUAGCAUUCAGAAACUGGCUUAGAAGACAUGGAAAAAGUCAACCCGAAUGGUUUGGUCAACCCAACAUCCAAUCACUACCCUCCACAUACCUAUCCAAACGCCAGAUGUUGGAUAGAUUUGAGCAACAUACAUUGAAAUGUUCUUCGUGUAAGAAAGCUCAUGAAAGAUUUGAGACAUUGAAGAAGGUUUUAGUGGGAGGAUGUGUUGUACUUUGUGCUGCUGCUGCUGUACCUUCGGAGAUACAAAUGCGUGUUGUUUUUGCGGGAUUUGCGGUUUUGAGUGCUGUUUUGGCUUAUUAUUGUCAUGAACUACAGAAGAAUUUUGUUUUUGUGGAUUAUGUGCAUGCUGAUAUUGAUUAAACUUGGUAUAAUGUGGAUUUUUUGUAUUGUUAGUGAACUAUAUUGAUGUGUUUAAUACUUUGUUUAUAGAAAUUAGAUGGUGGUGUUAUACUUUAGGAUCAGAAACAUGUAUAGUUUUAAAGAUUUUAUGAACCAAGAUUUGUAUGCAUAUAAAAUGAUG